AAUUUAAACUUUGACUGCAUGCCCAGGGUUGCCUCAUUUGGUUACCGCGACGCUUAGUCAUAUGUUUAGAAAUUCAAACAUAUUCAACAAGUCACCGUCGCCACAACUGUCGUUGAAAGACUUUCCUACGACUUCCCAAUGGCUCCUCACGGCACAUCGAGGGAUGAUAGUCCGCUAGAGCCUGCCCCAGUGUCCAAGGGUGGGACGUAUAGCGUCCAGACAAUUUCCGUAGGCUGCAAGGUCUACGCACGACGGCCUAGUUCUGAUGGACAGGAGGAACAACGUUUAGUGGAGAUUUUGUCCAUACGAGACAGGCCUACUACUCCUUAUGGCUCCCGACUGCGUAAUGAAAUCAAACAGGAGGAAUCUCAGAGACCCGAGGACAGACUCGAAUUCUUCGUCCAUUGGGACCAGUUCAAUAAACGUUUGGAUGAAUGGAUCUCUGGCUCAAGAAUAGUGCUAAGUCGGGACAUGGAAUGGCCCCGACCUAAGGCGCCACCUUCGACUAAGAAAGCUACUCAGAAAGCCCCUGGCAAGCUGCCAAAGUCUAAGUCGCUCCUGAAGAAAGCAGCCACUGCGCAUGCGCUCGCCGCUGUCAAGGCUGAUACAGGGACUCCUGGUCCUUUUACCCCCGAUGAGCGAGUCAGUGCUACUCCUCCGCCUACUUUGAAACGAAAGGUACCUCCAGACGAAGAGGUCGAGGAGGAGGAGGAUCUAGAUGCUGACGCAGAUGGGGACAUGGACAUAGAUGACGAGGGUGAGGUGCUCGACCUCGAUGGUAGUCACAAGCCAUCACCUCCGCUGCCUGUCUCUGCCUUCAGUAAAGAGCAAGAAAUAGAGAAAUUGCGGACGUCGGGGUCGAUGACUCAGUCCAUAUCCGAAAUCGCUCGCGUGAAGAAUCUGAACCGCUUGCAAAUUGGAAAACACGAAGUAGAUGCAUGGUACUUCAGUCCAUACCCACAAGAAUACGCGCAUCUACCCGUGUUGUAUAUUUGCGAAUUUUGCCUCUCGUACUUUGGGUCUCCUUUCAUGCUGUCGCGACAUCGCAAGCGGUGUAACCUUUUACAUCCACCUGGGAACGAGAUUUACCGCCACGAAGACCUUUCGUUCUUUGAGCUCGACGGCAAGCGGCAGCUCACAUGGUGCCGAAAUCUCAGUUUGUUGUCGAAGUGUUUCCUUGACCAUAAGACGCUGUACUAUGAUGUGACUCCCUUCAUGUACUACGUUAUGUGUCACAGAGACUCCACUGGCUGCCAUAUCAUUGGAUACUUCUCGAAAGAGAAGGAAUCGGCGGACAACUACAAUGUUGCCUGUAUCCUCACACUACCGCAGCACCAAAGGCACGGUUAUGGAAAGUUGCUGAUCGAAUUUUCGUACGAGCUCAGCAAGAAGGAGGGCAAGCUCGGCAGCCCAGAGAAACCUCUCAGCGAUCUCGGUUUGCUGGGAUACCGAGCGUAUUGGGCCGAGACGAUUAUUGACCUCUUACUCAGUACGAGUGACGACAUCAGCAUCGACGAUAUCGCACAAAGGACGUCUAUCACUCAUGCCGACGUUAUGAAUACAUGUACCACGCUGCAACUUUUCAAACAUUAUAAAGGCCAGCACGUGAUAUCUAUUCCUGAAAGCCUCCAGGAACGACACAAGAAGGCGAUAGAGAAACGAAAGCGAAAGAUACACCCUGAGUAUCUACAGUGGAAGCCGCCCACCUUCACCAGGGACCAGCUCAGAUUUGGAUGGUAGUUUCUCAUGGACUCGUUCUCCUCGGCAGCGUGGACUACGUGCCUUGUCGAUCUGUAAGAUUGUGUUUAUAUCCGUGUAUUCUUAGCCUUGUAGGAUUAUUUGUUCCUCUUACCUCCGUCGUUGUCUAUUGCUAUUUUUGAAUUGCAUUUCAUGAUUCCGAAUCUCCUGUGCCUUUCCCUCUCCGCUGGCGUAUCCGUACACUGGUGUCUUCUGAUUCGGACUCCUUCUCCAACAUCGCGAAUGAUGAAUGUCCACUGCUAGUAGUGGAUGAUGGAGAAGGUUGCGAUAUGGAGGACCCACGCGCCCUGCCAGCCUUGCCUGACGGCAGUUGGUGCGUCAUAUGAAUGGUGAGAUCGCGACGUGAUAGCGUUGGCGAAGGCGGUUGAGAUGGAGCGGGG